GAAUGGGUCGCUGUGGCGCUCGUCCUCACUUAAAGGUGGAUGAACCACAUGAAGCAACAAGAGGAUCACUCGGCACGUGGCAUGCGGCAAGUGAUUGAGACAUUUGUUUGGCGGGUCAACGUGUAGCGCCGCGUAGCUGUUUGGCACAAGAUUGAGAAGUUCAUGGGUCAAACAUAAACAGAGUCAACACAAAUCAAAGGGCUCGGGGACGACAUUUCUCAGGAUGCAAGAAUGUCAGCUUGAGAAUAUCGGUGACCGACGUAGACCCGACGUCCCAAGGGGAGAAGUUCAAACCAAGACUUGUUCCGGAAGGCAGGGGAAGACGUGUUUUCGCUGCGCUGCGUGGCCGCAGACCCUUAGAUGCUCUGGCCGCCUUGGUCAUGUCGAAAAGGAUCAAUGCCAAGGUCAUCGUCGCGGGCCCUGCCGCCACCGGGAAGACCUGCCUGAUCGAACGCUUCGUCAACAACGUCUUCGCCGCGGACGAUGCCACGCACGGGCCCACCUUGGGCUGUGACUGCCUUCAGAAGGCGGUCUUCGUCGAGAACACGGAGGUGCACCUCUUCCUCUACGACACCGCGGGACAGGAGCGCUUCGCCGAUAUGGCGGCCAGCUACUACCGCGUGGGUGAGGUGUGCUUGCUCUGCUUCGACAUGUCUGACGUGUCCACCUUCGACCGAACCCAGUUCUGGAAGAAGAAAGUGUCUGAUCACAACCCCAAGUGCUUGUUCAUCCUGGUGGGCACCAAAGAGGAUCUGCUCUCAGAGGAGCAGAAGAGCUCGUUGGAUCCCAUCUCCCGCUGGGCCGAAGAGGAAGGGAUACCCUACUUCCCCACCAGCGCGCUGAAGGGUGGCGAGCACAUUAGGUUCCUCUUCCACGUUGUGGCGGAGAAGUGUAUCAGGCUCCACCUGUCCACGCAGCCGUGGAGACGAACUCCGCUCGGCACGAGCGGCCCACGAAACAAAACACCAGACGAUCCACCUGGCCUGGACAGUCCAUGCGGCCUGGACAGUCUCUACCCCCAGCCCCAUCGCUGGGAGACGAGUCGGCUUGUCAAAGGCAACACCUCAAGGCUGAAGCGGGAGAAGCAGCUCUCAGACUCGGCGGGGCUCAAGCUUCAGAGCUCCAUUGGCCAGCCCAAGGCUGGCUGCUGCCCGUGAGCCUCGUGAGCCCCGGACCUCUUCCUGGCCUUGCGCGGGCUGACUGGGGCGAAAUCCGUGUGCGGCUUGAGGUCCUGUUUUGGUCUGUGCGGCUUGAGGAUGAAGAGAUUUUGUUGAAACCAGUCCUCCUAUUUCAGCACGUUCAUUUUUCAGUUGAAAUGCGGCUGAUGCAUGAAACAUCAGCAGCAUCACGCGCAUUGCAAACACUAC